UUUCCGCCGUGUCCCUGACCUGCUGCGAGGAGCGCGAAGGGAACCGGAGCCCGAGGUCCCAGGACGGCCCCGGGCCCGGCGCCCCGAGGGCAGGGCAGGGACAGGCGAGGCUCUCUGAAGCCGGGAGAGAGGAAGGGAAGUAUAGGGCCAGCCAGAGCCAUGACUGACGGGAUCCUGGGGAAAGCAGCCACCAUGGAGAUCCCCAUCCACGGCAAUGGCGAAGCUGGACGGCUUCCGGAAGAUGACGGGCUUGAGCAGGACCUGCAGCAGGUGAUGGUGUCUGGACCAAACCUCAAUGAGACGAGCAUUGUGUCAGGAGGCUAUGGGGGCUCAGCUGAUGGUCUCAUCCCCACAGGGCCUGGCCGUCAGCAACCCCACAGUGCAGCUCCUGCUGGCCCUGCUGAUGAGGUGGCCCGGGGCAUUGCUGGGGAGAAGUUUGACAUUGUCAAGAAGUGGGGCAUCAACACCUACAAGUGUACGAAGCAGCUGCUGUCCGAGAGGUUUGGCCGGGGAUCACGCACCGUGGACCUAGAGUUGGAGCUGCAGAUUGAGCUACUACGGGACACAAAGCGCAAGUAUGAGAGUAUUCUUCAGUUGGGCCGGGCACUUACUGCUCACCUCUAUAGCCUGCUGCAGACUCAGCAUGCCCUGGGUGAUGCCUUCGCUGACCUCAGCCAGAAGUCCCCUGAGCUCCAGGAGGAAUUUGGUUAUAAUGCAGAGACACAGAAGUUGCUGUGUAAGAAUGGGGAGACCCUGUUGGGGGCUGUCAACUUCUUUGUGUCCAGCAUCAACACCCUGGUCACCAAAACCAUGGAGGAUACUCUUAUGACUGUCAAGCAGUAUGAGGCUGCCAGACUGGAGUAUGAUGCAUACCGCACAGACUUGGAGGAACUAAGCUUGGGUCCACGGGAUGCUGGAACGCUGGGCCGACUUGAAAGUGCUCAGGCCACAUUCCAGACACAUCGUGAGAAGUAUGAGAAACUUCGUGGGGACGUGGCUAUCAAGCUCAAAUUUCUGGAGGAGAACAAGAUCAAGGUGAUGCACAAACAGCUGCUGCUUUUCCACAAUGCCGUGUCCGCUUACUUCGCUGGGAACCAGCAGCAACUUGAGCAGACCCUGCAGCAGUUCAACAUCAAGCUUCGGCCCCCAGGCUCUGAGAAACCCUCCUGGCUGGAGGAGCAGUGAGACGGCCUGGCCUGGCCCUUCACUCCCAAGAAGCACUCCUGGCUACAGGAGCAGUGAGGCCUGCCCCCUUGGAUUGGCCCCUGUCCCCAAGAAGCCCUCCUAGCUGGAGGAUCAGUGAACUUCCUCCCUAGGAGGGGCUGAGGGGAGUGGGAAUAAGUGCCCUCCUCUCCAACAAGCCCACUAGGGGAACAGAGAGAAGCCUUUUUUGGUAGGGAGGAGAUUGGGACAGGGAAAGAAAGAAUGUACACUCCCCCUUUCCCCUCGUCCUUCCUUGCCCAGGAUCUCCCUCCCAGGACCUUAGCUUCUUGUGGGUGGUAAAGGGAGGCACACUGCAGGAGAGGGGGACCAGGUAGGGCAAUUAUUGGGCCAGGUGCAGCAGUACUUAGUCUUGAUGCCUAAGGCCCUGCUCUUCUGUCAGCUAGUUUGGCCUCACUUUCCAAAUCUUUUCCCACUACCCCAUAGCCAAUGGUUGUUUUUCCCAAGGGCCCUCUUCCCAGCCAAUGGCAUUAUUCCCAGGGCUCUCCCUUAAGCCAAUGGCACCACUCCUGGGUCUUUCCCUUGGCCAAUAGUAGGUCUCCUGGGGCCCUGCCCUGAGCUGGCAUCACUCGGGGAUCCUUUAGCCAAUGGCAUUGCCCUCAGUGUCCUCCCCUUCCACUCCCUCCAUUACUGUUGGUAGGGGGGAGGAAGAGGGGAGGGUCUUAGGACCAAAGGGUAGCAGACUGGGGAGGUAUGGGCCAAUGACUAGGGGUGCCGUGCCGUCUGUCCGAGCAUCUGCCUGUCUCUUUCUAUGCCCUGGAGCCAGGGUAGUGUUUCUCUUAAUUUAAUUGUGGGUGGGACUCUGGGAUGCCUGUCCAGUCUGUAGAAACUGUCACACCAGCCCUAGGGUGGCCUGGGAGCCUGGGACCAGAAAUAAACCUUUCAUAAAACCUG